AUGUCUACAACGAUUUCAUCUUUGACUUUAUCCCUCAAGUAAAAUUAUUUAAUUUUAUUUUUUGGCUUUAUUAAUUCAUUUUUUAUUUUGAAUUCAAAUGUAAAAAAAAGUAAGAAUUCAAUUUAGAAAAUCUUUUCAAAUUUAAAAAAUUUUUUAAUUUUAUUUUAACAAAAUUUAAUAUUUAUUUUUUCUUUAUUUUUUUUGUUUCUUUUUAUUUACUUUAUACCUUUCAAAAGCGCAAAUGAAAUAACUUGCAAUGGCGUAUCAUCUUUAGGUUAAGCUUUAGCAAAGUGCGCCAAUCUUACAAAUAUGGCUCUUUAUUUUAUGUAAUUAUAAUUCAUUUAUUUGUGUAUAUAAAUUAAGAACUAUUUAAUGAUAAAAACUAUCAUAAAUCAUUUAUUUAUUUUUUUAAAAAUUAAUUUUGAAAUAAAUAAAAAGUAUUUAAAUUUUUUAAUUCUUAAUCAUAAUUAUAUAUAUAAAUGA